AACUUAUCUCUGCCAUUAGGCUAUUUCGUUUUUUUCUAUUACUACUUGUGUACUCUAUCUCUUGCGCUCUUUGUUGUAUGAGAUCUAAAUGAUAUAUACAGAUUCUGCUUUGUUACCAAUGGAGAGCUUGGCGCAACUUGAGGCGAUGUGCGAGAGAUUAUACAACUCACAGAAUUCAGCUGAGAGGGCUCACGCCGAAAAUAGUCUGAGAUGCUUUUCCGUGAAUACGGAUUAUAUAUCGCAAUGUCAAUACAUUCUCGACAAUUCAUCAAAACCUUAUUCCCUAAUGCUCGCUAGCUCGAGUUUGUUGAAGCAAGUGACUGAUCAUACCCUUCCGCUGAAUCUUCGCCUUGACAUCAGGGCGUAUAUUGUGAACUAUCUGGCUACAAGAGGACCGAAGAUGCAAUCAUUUGUGAUUGCUUCGCUCAUUCAAUUGCUUUGCCGGCUCACAAAGUUUGGAUGGUUAGAUGAUGAUAGAUUCCGGGAUGUGGUCAAGGAAUCUACAAACUUCUUGGAACAGGGUUCUUCGGAUCACUAUGCUAUUGGUUUAAGAAUUUUGGAUCAACUUGUGCAGGAGAUGAAUCAGCCUAACCCAGGAUUGCCUUCUACACAUCACCGGAGGGUUGCAUGCAACUUUAGGGAUCAAUCCUUAUUUCAAGUAUUUCGAAUAGCUUUGACGUCAUUAAGCUAUCUGAAAAAUGAUGCUGCUGGUCGUUUACAAGAAUUGGCGCUUUCUCUUGCACUGAGGUGUGUAUCAUUUGACUUUGUCGGAACUUCAAUUGAUGAAAGCACAGAGGAGUUUGGUACAGUCCAGAUUCCAACUUCCUGGAGGUCAGUAUUGGAGGAUUCUUCCACGUUGCAGAUAUUUUUCGAUUAUUAUGGUAGUACAGAGUCACCACUUUCGAAAGAGGCACUUGAGUGCUUGGUGCGAUUGGCUUCUGUGAGGCGCUCUCUGUUCACAAGUGAUGCUACACGCUCUAAGUUUUUAGCUCAUUUGAUGACGGGAACCAGAGAAAUUCUUCAAACUGGAAAUGGUCUUGCUGAUCAUGAUAAUUACCACGUAUUCUGCCGUCUACUUGGGCGUUUCAGGUUGAAUUAUCAGCUUUCAGAGCUUUUUCAAUCCAGUUCUAGAUAUUUUGAUUGA